UGAGACAGAUAGAGUAGAAAAAAAUUCGUAUAAAUUGAUGCACUGAGCCUCCAUUUUUCUCCCAAAGAAGCAAGAAAAAUACUCUGACAGUUUUUUUCUCUAUCCAUCUUAUCUUCAUCUUUCACCGCUUCCGUCUCAACGUUCAAUCAACCCUCUCACCGACAUUCACACCAGACAGAGGCUGGAGCUAGUGAAGAAAAGGGUAAUCUAUGGGAGACGACGCAGAAAGAGGUUUGGGAUGCCAGAAGAUUAUGGAUGGGAAGGAGAGUAACAGGAAUGGCUUGGAGAAGGAAAUUCCUUCCUGUUGUUUGAAAGCCAUGGCUUCAGCACCUGAGUUGGACUCAAACUGUCACUCUACUGUUGUUUCUGGGUGGUUCUCAGAAUCUCAAACUUCCUCUGGGAAAUCUGGGGGAGUUGUUUAUUUCAACAACCCAAUGUGGCCGGGAGAAGCCCAUUCAAUCAAAGUGGAGAAGAUAUUGUUCAAGGAAAAGUCAUUAUACCAAGAGGUCUUGGUUUUUGAGUCAUUAACAUAUGGGAAAGUUCUUGUUCUUGAUGGGAUUGUUCAGUUGACUGAGAAGGAUGAAUGUGCUUACCAGGAGAUGAUAACUCAUCUUCCCCUCUGUUCCAUUCCGUCCCCCAAAACUGUUUUAGUUGUUGGUGGCGGAGAUGGUGGGGUUCUAAGGGAAAUAUCCCGUCACAGCUCUGUGGAGCAUAUUGAUAUUUGUGAGAUAGAUAAGAUGGUUAUUGAUGUUUCUAGGAAGUUUUUUCCAGAGUUAGCUGUUGGGUUUGACGAUCCUCGUGUACACUUGCAUGUUGGCGAUGCUAUUGAAUUUCUUAAACAUGCUCCUGAAGGGAGGUAUGACGCUGUGAUUGUUGAUUCCUCAGAUCCUGUGGGUCCUGCCCAGGAACUUGUAGAGAAACCAUUUUUUGAGACUAUAUCUAACGCAUUAAGACCUGGUGGAGUUCUUUGUAAUAUGGCAGAAAGUAUGUGGCUUCAUACACACCUUAUCCAAGACAUGAUCUCCAUUUGUCGAGUAACAUUUAAAGGUUCGGUACAUUAUGCAUGGACAAGUGUUCCAACAUAUCCAAGUGGUGUGAUUGGGUUUCUUCUUUGCUCAACAGAGGGGCCACAUGUUGAUUUUGUGAACCCCAUCAAUCCCAUUGAAAAGUUAGAAGGUGCUGAUAAGCACAAAAGGAAACUUAGGUUCUAUAACUCAGAGAUGCAUUCAGCUGCUUUUGCACUGCCUUCUUUUCUGAAGAAUGAAUUGAGCUGGCUCGGUGAUUAUUCUCGUCAGUAGUGAUGAUUGUUUCUGUAUUGUACCACAAGUCAUUUGGGGGAAACGGAUCAAUGUGGGAGAAAUAGGAAACUGGUAUGGUAAUUUAUGAGAAAUAGAAACCUCUGGUGUGGUUAUUUAUGAGAGAAAUAGAAACCUGGUGUGAUUAUUAUUUGUCAUCCAAUUCCAUUUGUGAACCCAUUUAGCUUUAUUGAACUUAUGGAGAUUUUGGAGGACAGUAUCUCUAGUUUACAUAUUAUUAAUGUAUUGAAAUAAUUUGCUA